UUGGCUCAGUAUCGUCUGCUAACCGUCCUUGGUUAUGCCAUAGGUUAGAAUUCUCUUUGAAGUUGGGGAAGUUGGGGUUGAAAUAUUUUGAAAGAACUAGGCGAAAAUAUUCUCGCUCACCGAAGUCCUCUCCUCUGGGCUGUCAUCAAACCGAACCUACAUCAUUUGCCUCAUAUUGCCCAUUUGUCUCUCUAUAAGUCUCGCAGAUCAACGAUUUGUGUCUGUCCAAACUGAGUGUUGUAGUUAUGACAUGUGACAUGUACUUCCUUGCAUAAAUAGUAGAAUUCUCUGCUUUUACCUACAACAUAUAUUUUUCGCCAUGGCUUCCAUCAGAAAUGGUUUGAAGGCUGCGUUCUCCUUUUCAAAAAAACAUUUUUCUCAUGAAAUUACUAGAAAACACUCAAGGGGCCUUUAUGGUGUCAGACACUACGGCAGUGGUGCCUACGAUGGAGAUGGUAAAACCCAUACAGUUCUACUGAAUGAUGAGGGUGUCGGCCUCAUGAUAAAUGCAUAUAGUACGAUUGGUUUUACCCUUAAUAAUGGUACCACAGUUAUCGGACCCAUGGCAAUAUUUCCAAACUGUAUUUUGAGCUGGAAUGUUGGAGGUAUAAUUGAUAUAAAUGAAGAGUCCCUAAGUCUUAUCCUUAAUCUUUAUCCUAAACCUGAUAUUUUUAUUUUAGGAAUACCAGAAGUCAGUAAAAAGAUGAACAAAGAGAAAGUUAACUCUCUUUUCCGACUGAUUACAAAACGCAAGAUACAGUGUGAAAUCUUGAUACCAGAAAUAGCAUGCCCAACAUUCAACUUUUUGCUUGCUGAGCAACGUUUUGUGGGGGCAGGAAUCUUACCGCCUCAUAAUCUUGGUGGUGAAGGAAGUGGAGAUGUUGGAUUUUCAUCAUUUAAAUUGGCCUUACCUGACAAAAGGUAGCAAAGUUCUAAAUUACUAAUUUUAUUCUUUAAAUUGUUGCCAGUAAGCUAGGAAAUUUUCUGUAGAAGAUAAAAAUAAAUAAUUCAGAAAAGUGCAUUUUUGACAACUUUUAAUGUA